AUGACUGACCGGAGUGAGACAGCCAUCGAUCAAGCCCGGACCGAGGAAGGCCCUGGCGUCGACUUAGAAGAACCUCGAGUAAAGACUUACCCGUUGAACUCUCGCCAAUUGGCCACAGGAGUGGUGAAGCGUAUCGCCAUGCUUGAAGGCAAGCUAGAGGAACAGGGGCGGGAGCCGAGGAACAUUCAAGUGCAGCUCACAGAAGAAGAAGGAGCUGUGCGGACCAUUGAGCUGUUAGGAGCUGGAGGAGCUUUCCUACAGAUAGAAGUCGAACCUGAAGAACAGGAUGAAGAUGGACACUCAGAGGUGGGUAAAGAAUUUAAGGGGGAAUCUAACUUUAUCAAACGUACUGGUAAUUGUUUUGUCUGUGACCAGCCAGGCCAUUUUGCUACACCUAAACGGACAGAGAGCAACGGUAGAGGUAAACCUAACUUCCGGAAACCGGGUAGUAAUAGUAGGCCCAGUGGGUCUGUAAAACUCCUGACUGCCGAGGGCUCAGAAUCUGGGGACACCCCCGAUGUGGGCGACCUAUUAGACUUGCUCCUGUCUUACUCCGAAGAUGAACAAGUUAAUCUGGUGCAAGUCCCUGACCAGGGCAGUAGUGCUAAGGGUGCUGUAGUCCAGAUCCAGGGGGUUCCAGCUGUAGGGGUGAUAGAUAGUGGUUCAGACAUUACCAUAAUGGGGGCGGAGUUAUUUGCCAAGGUAGCGCCGACCGCACGCCUAAGGAAGAGAGAUCUUAAGAAACUAGAUAGAACCCCUAGGACAUACGACCAGAGAACUUUCACCCUCGAUGGGAGGCUGGACCUUGAUAUAGAAUAUGCAGGAAAGAGUAUGCGUACCCCUGUGUAUUUGAGGACCGCAGCUAAGGACCAGUUGCUCCUGUCAGAAGGGGUGUGCAGACAGUUAGGUAUUAUUAAGUACCACCCAGAAGUAGGACUGCUUAAGCAGCUAAUCAAAAACCCUCAGGGGUUGAUAAGUAGCUGUGAUAGUACAGAACCAGCAAUAGCAGAAGUACCUAUGGUACGAGUACUGUUAGUUGAAUCUAUCAAUGUAUUGCCUCAUCAGAGCCUCGAGGUAGCUGUGAAAAUUGAUAGACAAUACCCAAAUGAAGCUACUCUGCUUGUAGAACCAUUUAUAGACGCUGCUGUUCAGGUGGAGGAAGCUUUAGUUAACGCUCGUAGCAAUUGUCUAGCCCGCGUAGUCGUAAAUAACGCUAGCGGAGUGUCGUGCCAGGUAGAGAAGGGCGUAUGCCUAGGUAGCGCAAUUGAAGUGGCCCUGGUGGGACCAAGUGAGCCAGGACCUAUAGUGAACAGAGUGAGAGAUGAACCUGUAGGCGACGUCGCAGCAGACGAACCUAGGAAGCGUAAGCUUCUCGGAAUGGUCAAGAAAUCGUCCCUGCUUGGGGAGCAGGAGGGUGAGUUCAAUUCUUUCCUUGCAGGUUUCCAUGAUGUCUUCAGCCUGGAGGAAGGAGAGAGAAGAGAGACAGAUCUGACGGAGAUGGUGAUUAAUACCGGUGAUUCCCCACCCAGGAGGGUACCGGCUAGACGGAUGCCACUGGCUGUACGACGCGAAGUAUCGAAGCAGUUGAAGAACAUGCAGCAGGCUGGAGUGAUCCAACCGUCAGCUAGCCCGCUCGUUGAUGCUAAUGCUGUGGUGGCAGCUGUGGUUACUGAGCCGGAUAGUAUUUCUCAUCUGCUGGCCUCGGACUUGGGAGUGGAAGAGUCAACGCCGACCUUCGCAGAGGAGCAAAGGAAGGACCCUGACAUCUGUUCCCUGCUACGUUUCCUCGAGGACGCCUCCCAGAGGAUCCCCAGAGGGCCAAGAAGAUUGCUUUGCAGGCCCCUUUGUUCACAAUAUGCGACAACAUCUUAUAUUACAUUGACCCUAAACCGACUCAUCGGAAGAGGAUAG